AUACAAAUCCAAGCGUAGAGUCGAUCACGGUAUUAAAUAUAUUUGUUGAACAUUAUAACUACACAAUUGUAUAGAAACUAAUCGUGACUUUAGCUUGCAUAGAAACUCUUCCAUGUUUCAAAGCUAAAUAAACGUUGACAGUAUAAUUAAACUACGAAAAACAACAAAAAUGGUUCAACCCAAAAAUUAUUUUGUUCUUGAUCCGAGAGAAGCCACGGUUACGGAUCUUAUGCGUCUUCUCUUCUACUCGGAUCUCGAGAAUAGAAAGUUCGUUGAUACUUCGGUAGAGAAUCUUGAGAAUCGUCUUUGCGAAUUCAGGGGACGGUGGAUCAUUUUUGUAUCCAUCGUUGUUCAGAAACUCUUGAUUAUCCUCAGGAAACCUCUCUCGUUCUUGGGAUUCGCUCUUGGCUUUUGGCUCAACCUUCCUUCUUCCAAUGGUGGCUUCUUCAAGAUAUUCCUAAAUCUUGUCAAAGGAAGGUUUAUUUGGCCGGAAAAAACAUCAGCGACAUUUGCAUCCAUAAACGGAAACCUAGACCAAAAAGUAGAGUUAGGUUUAGGCCGGAGCAUAAAGAUAGGAGAUGAAAGAUACAAACCACUGUUGUCAAUUAUGGCUUCUAAGCUGGCUUACGAGAACGAACACUUUAUCAGAUCCGUUCUUCAAGACCAUUGGCAGAUGGACUUAUUGGGUUUCUACAGCUGUCCGAAUGAUUUUGAUCAAACGAGGUCAACAGAGGUGAUUGUUAUAAGGGACACAAAAGACAAUCCGAACCUUAUCGUCGUCAGUUUUAGAGGAACCGAUCCUUUCAACGCCGAUGAUUGGUGUACAGACCUUGAUCUCUCUUGGUACGAGAUUGUUAUGAAUAAAAAUAGGCACAACGUUAUGAAUGUGGGAAAGAUCCACGGCGGAUUCAUGAAAGCUUUAGGCCUUCCGAAAGAAGGAUGGUAUGAAGAAAUAAACUCUGACCAAACCCAAAAUAAAACAAGUCAACUUGCAUACUACACAAUUUUACGUCAGUUAAAAGAGGUUUUCGAACAAAACCCAACAUCCAAGUUUAUCCUGUCCGGACAUAGCCUAGGUGGAGCCCUAGCGAUCCUGUUCACAGCCGUGUUAAUUAUGCAUGAUGAGAAGGAAAUGUUGGAGAGACUUGAAGGAGUUUACACAUUUGGGCAGCCACGCGUAGGAGACGAGGAUUUCGGUAUUUAUAUGAAAGACAAGUUAAAGGAGUUUGACGUGAAGUACAAAAGAUAUGUUUAUUGCAACGACAUGGUUCCUAGGUUGCCUUUUGACGACAAGACACUCAUGUUCAAACAUUUUGGGGGCUGCCUCUACUGUGACAGUUUCUACAAAGGAAAGGUAGAAGAAGAGGAGCCAAACAAAAACUACUUCAAUAUCUUUUGGGUUAUACCGAAGAUAAUAAACGCGGUGUGGGAGUUGAUAAGGAGUUUCAUCAUAUCUUGUUGGCAAGGUAGAGAAUACAGAGAAGGAUGGUUAUUGACGUGUUUUAGACUUGUCGCAUUGUUGAUUCCGGGACUUCCUGCUCAUUUUCCUAAUGAGUACGUCAAUGUUGCUCUUUUGGGAAACUUUCCUCCUCAGGUACCUGAUUCUCAAAAUUUACCUGAUGAUGACCUCAAUGUUGCCCUCUUGAGAAACUAAAGGUGGCUCCAUCGUUUUUACAAGAUUUCGUUUUAUAACUAGUGUGUUCACACUUUAUACUAUCUUUCUUAAACACUUUCUUCGUAGUUGCUUUUGUUUUAAUAUAAUGUGUUGUUUGGUUUUAGAUUAUUUUCAUUAUUUUCCGAAAAAUAAAACAAAAAUAUGAUCAUUUUUCAAUAAAUGGGAA